GGCUGUACCAUACCAAACUCGCUCGUUGCACAGCCCUCCUUUUUUAAGGUUGUUUCAAUGUUGUUUUUGCAGCCACAGAAACCCAAAUGACCCGGUUCCGACCGGAUGGCGCCGUCACAUAUACAUUCGGACAACAAAUCAAUCCACACGUGGCAGAUGAGACCUUUUGGGACCCCGCGUGGCCGAACACGCACCAGCGACAACAGGAUCACAGAGUGCGUCCUAGAAGAAGAAAUGAAUCAUACAAGAGUCCCCUCACACAAAAAAGGCACUUUAAAGUUGCGUUUCAUUCGCACUUGUCAUGCUCGCUGGCACAAUGGCGUGUAUCGAUGGCCUUCCGCCCAUUUUCACAUGAUAGCAUGAAAGGAAACCGGAAAGGAGAGGCAAUGGAGCCCCGCUCUCAUAUUAUCAGACCAAUGGUCCUGCAUACAGUGAUACAAUGUGAUAUAUGUGUGAAUUCGCAGCACUUUGACCGGGUUCUUUUUUCAUACGCUUUGGGGGGUUUCCGAACGUUUUGUAAUCUGGUCAGAUUUCAUUUCGUGGCUAAUAUUAGGUGUAGCGCGGCGCCAUACUAUUGGUGCUCCGAGGGGGUUGGAGCUGGUCGUGUGGGGGUUCUAGCCUAGGCUUACGAUGCUGAGCAUGCGGGAACCGUGGAGUUAUCGGUUGAUAGGAGUGGUGAUCACGCGUGGCCCGGUAUCAGUUCUGGGGCUUCCUUAUGAAAUCUUCCUAUACUAAUACACCGGCAUCAGACAGUAGCC